CCUCUUCGAGGGAGCACGGACGUAACUUAUCUCAAGGUUCUUGCUUAUAAACCACGAAUGUGACCGUAAUACUGAAUAUUAUUAUUGGAGAGGAAUUUAAUACUUUUACGUGUUGUCAUAUCUAGCCAAAAUGUGGCUUGGAUUAUGCCGAUAUUUGCUCCUACUUGCCGUAUUUGGCAGUAAAGUGACAGUGACCGUAUCUUCUCCGAAAGAUACAACAUGUCCGUCCGAUACUUUCCAGUGUAACGAUGAGGUGUCACCUGGUUCACGUUGUAUACCGAAGAACUGGGUCUGUGACUCUGAUGAAGAUUGUCCUGGUGGAGAAGAUGAAACAGCUGAUUGUAGCAUCCCAACAUGUCCAUCCAACCAGUUCCAGUGUUCGCGGGGAGCUGCUCGAUGUGUUCCUAAUGGCUGGGUCUGUGAUGGUGAAAAUGACUGUGAUGAUGGGUCAGAUGAAAAUGCAACAACAUGCAAAUUACACAAACGUAAAGAAUCACAUUUAGGAAGAGGUGCAUUUGUCGACACAUUCAAAUGUGUCCCCAACAAAUACCAAUGUCCUGGCACCCAUACAUGUAUUCAUAUGGAACAGGUGUGUGAUGGGACGAUUGAUUGCGUGGAGGAUCGAGCAGACGAAGGGGGUCAUUGUCUAAACACUGGAUGUAAAUCUUUAACAUCGUGCAAAGCAAAAUGCCGAGAAACCCUACAGGGACCCCAAUGUUACUGUAGCGAAGGACUAUCCCUUAAUAACUCUAUGUGUAUUGAUUUAGAUGAAUGUAAAUAUGAUGGUUAUUGUGAUCAACAAUGUGAGAAUAAAUUCCCAGGUUAUAUAUGUUCAUGUACUGAAGGAUAUCAUAAACCUGUAUAUACUAAAGAUAAUGAUAAAGAAGGCAACUGUGAAGUAGAUGGUUCACCAAGACUUAUUUUUGCUAACACCAAAAAUCUUCAACAGAUUGAUAUAGAUGGAGAAGAAAUGAAUCCUGCUUUCGUCAUUGAAGGCGACCAAAUAGAAACUUUAGAUUAUGAUCUUAAAAAUAACACUGUCUGUUGGAUUGGAUCUGUAAUAAAUUCAACAGAGUCAGGGAUGUAUUGUGCUAAGCUGGAUAAACCCAAUGAAAGCUGGAGAAUAGCUUCACAUCAUAAACUGACUUCUGUAGAACAACUAGCAAGAGAUUGGGUUGGCGAUAAUUUUUAUUUUGCGGACGAUGUUAAAGAGACUAUAUUUUUAUGUCGCGGUGACGGCAUGCAUUGUGUUAAUAUUAUAACUAUUGGAAUCAAACGACCAAAAAGUCUGGCAUUAGAUUCUACAAGAGGGUAUAUUUUCUUUGCUGACUGGUCUAUGAACGCUAAAAUUGAACGAGCCAAUAUGGAUGGUUCUAAUAAAAUGGAACUUGUUGUAAAGAAAAUUGUUCAUCCUAAUGGCCUGGCCUUGGAUUUGGCCAAUAAACAUGUCUAUUGGGGAGAUUCGUUUUUAGACUAUAUUGAACGAGUUGAUUAUAAUGGUGGUAAUAGACGUUUAAUCGCUCAAGGAGUAAAUGUGGAUCAUGUCCAUGGUUUAACAGUAUUAGGUAACUAUCUAUAUGUUACCAACCAUCAUAAUAACAGUAUUGUAAGAGUUCAUCGUUAUAUAGAGAAUGAUAUACAAGUUAUAAAUAAAAGUCCAUUAAGUAAACCCGGUGAUAUACAUGUUAUACAUCCAGUUAAACAACCAGCAGCAUCUGAGAAUAUUUGCGGAAAUAAAAAAUGUGAUCAUAUUUGUGUACCAGUACCACACGGUUCAACUCAGACUGCAGUAGCAGCUACAUGUCUGUGUAGAGCUGGUUACGCACUUGUGAAUGGAACCGCUUGUCAAAAAACAAAGGCUGAUCGGUUUUUACUCUAUGCAAAUGCUCAGCAAGGCAGCAUUCAAGGUAUAUCUUUAGGUGUGAACAAAAGUCAACAAGUUAUAGAACCUAUCGUUAAUCUCAACCGACCUAUCGCCAUAGCUUUUGAUGCUAAGAAUGAAGAUAUAUAUUAUUCUGAUGUAAGCUUAUUGAGGAUUGGACGAAGAAAAGCUUAUACUGAUGAUGAACCUGAAGUAUUUUUAGAUGCUGGUGUAACCAGUUCUGAAGGUCUAGCUAUAGAUUGGAUUGGUCGAAAUUUGUAUUUGACAGACGACGGACAUCAAACUAUUAAUGUUGUACGUCUGGAUAAUAAAACUAUUCAUUAUACAGUAGUCACUAAUGUCAGCCACCCAAAAGCCAUAGUUGUAGAUCCUAAUACAGGGCACAUGUAUUGGACAGAUUGGGUGUUAAAACCGUCUGAAAUCACAUCAAAAAUAGAGAAAGCUUGCAUGGAUGGAAGUAACAGAAUGACACUAGUCUCGGAUGAGAUACAGUGGCCAAACAGUCUCACACUCGAUUUCCUUACACAGACCAUUUACUGGACAGACGCUUAUUAUGAUAGAAUAGAGAGUAUAUCAGUUAAUGGAACAGAUAGAAAGGUUAUUGUUAAAUUCGAAAAGUUGAAUCAUCCGUAUGGUAUAGCAGUCUUUAAGAAUUUCAUCUAUUGGGCCGAAUCGUUGUCUGGACAGAUAUUUUGUUAUGAUUCAGAUAAAAAUAUAACCAGUAUUAUCAGGAAUGAUAGUAAUCCACUAUUUGAUUUAAAACUUUAUGAUCCAAAUAUUCAGCAAAUAGGUCUAACAACCCUGCCAUGUGCGAAAUAUAAUGGUGGCUGUGAAGAAAUUUGUCUUUCUAUACCAAAUGGUCAUGUCUGUCAAUGUGGAAAAGGCAGGAAACUAACAGCAGAUAAAAUACAUUGUGAAGAUAAUCCAGACUAUAAAGCACCAGACGCAUGUAAUUCACUACGUCAGUUUUCAUGUAAAGAUGGAAGUUGUAUCAACAAACAGUGGACGUGUGAUGGAGAUAGAGAUUGUUUAGAUGGCUCUGAUGAAGAUUAUUCAGAUACAGGAUAUUGUAAAAGUAAAGCAUGUGAUGAUCCGUCGAUGCAUAGGUGUUUAAAUAGUUCUUGUAUACAUCAACAUCUAGUCUGUGAUGGUCAUCUAGAUUGUCCACAUGGGGAUGAUGAGUCCAAAUGUACCAGCAAAGAUGGUUCAUGUGCUAAAAAUCAUACAAAAUGUGGUGGUACAAGUGGUCGAUGUAUACCUUCAGCAUGGAUCUGUGAUAAUGAAAUUGAUUGUGCCGAUGGUUCUGAUGAAAAAGAACAUUGUGACACAGCCAAAUGUGUUGAAGAUCAGUUCCAAUGUGCAUUCGGCCAUUGUAUACCAUACUCUUAUAGAUGUGAUAACGAAUAUGAUUGUCCUGAUAAUUCAGAUGAGAUGGAUUGUAAAUCUUGGUGUCAUCCCCAACAAGAGUUUGCUUGUAAAGAUUCAUCAAUAUGUGUAUUAAAGAAAUAUUUAUGUGAUGGUGAAGCCAACUGUCCUGAUGCUUCUGAUGAAGAGAAUUGCAAUAUAACAACAAACUCACAUUGUAAUGAACAUCAGUUUCUAUGUGAUGGUGGUAUUUGUAUUUCGAGUAUCUGGAGAUGUGAUGGUGAUAAAGACUGUACAGAUGGAACAGAUGAAAGUUCUUGUUCACCAGAUGCGAUGAAGACCUGUCAUCCAAUGGAGUUCCAAUGUACAGAUAAAUCUAGAUGUGUACCUAAAUCAUGGAAAUGUGAUGGGGAGGCUGAUUGUGCUGAUAAAUCAGAUGAAGAACACUGUUCAAAAGAUUGUCAGUACCCCAACUUCCGUUGCAAUGCUCAAGAAAAUGUUUGUCUUCCUCCACAUAAAGUAUGUGAUGAUGUAGAGGAUUGUGUUAAUGGUACAGAUGAGCACAGAGGUUGUCAUAGAAUGAUGGAUCCAUGUUUACCAGGAAACAAUGACUGUAGUAAUAUCUGUCAUCGUACACCAACUGGAUAUGUCUGCUCAUGUCCAGAAAAAAAGAAAAUUUCAAAUGACAAUGUGACAUGUGAAGAUAUAGAUGUUUGUUCUACAUGGGGUAUUUGUAGUCAGAAAUGUGAAAGUACGCCUGUUGGUCAUCGAUGUUUUUGUAAUGAUGGGUAUAUACUACAGAAUGAUGGCUACAGUUGUAAAGCAGAUGAUGAUGUUGCAGUUUAUAUUAUUUAUUCUAAUCGUCAUGAGAUGAGACGAGUUGACCUUGGCAAAAUGACCUUUGUGUCGCUAGUAGCAGGAUUGCGUAACACUAUCGCAAUUGACUAUCAUUAUGAGAAGCAGUUAAUAUUCUGGACGGAUGUUAUAGAUGAUAAAAUUUAUCGAGGAAAAAUGAUCCUGAACACAAGUGAGACGGUACCACCAGAAGCUCUUACGAACAUUGUACCGAUCAUAAACGUCGGGCUCGCAACAACUGAAGGUUUAGCUGUUGAUUGGAUAGGAGAUAAAUUAUAUUGGGUGGAGAGUAAUUUAGAUCAAAUUGAGGUUGCUGACUUAGAUGGCAAAUCAAGACGAACUUUGGUCGCUGGAGCUAUGACAAGUCCACGAGCCAUUGUCGUUGAUCCUAGAUAUGGUGCCUUAUUUUGGACUGACUGGGAUGGAGCAAAUCCUAGAAUUGAAACCUGUUCAAUGAGUGGCUCAAAUAGAACAAUCUUAUUUGGUAUAAGACCAAAUUAUGCUCAAGGUGGUUGGCCAAAUGGUCUAACAUUGGAUUACGAUGCUGAACGAUUAUACUGGAUAGAUGCAAGGUCAGAUUCUAUACAUUCUAUUACAUACAAGGGAGAAGAUCAUCAUUUAAUCCUACAGAGUCACGAGUCAUUAGCUCAGCCAUUUGCCAUAACAUUAUUUGAACAUUAUGUAUAUUGGACUGAUUGGAAAACAAACUCAUUAUCUAAGGCUAAUAAAUAUAAUGGAUCAGGUAUUCAACAAGUACAGAAAACAUUUACACAACCUUUUGAUCUUCAUGUUUAUCAUCCUAAACGACAACCUAAAGCUUUUAAUCCCUGUGCCAUCAACAAUGGAGGCUGUUCACAUCUGUGCUUGAUUGGUAUCCCUUCCAAAGAUGGUGGCAAUACAACAGCUAAUUGUAGAUGUCCUCAUAGAAUGAAGAUACAUAAAGAUGGUAAAACUUGUGGAGAUGAUAAUACCUUCCUGAUAUUUGUCAAGAAGAACGAGAUACGAGGCGUAGAUUUAGAUAACGCCAACUAUAACGUGAUACCAUCCAUUACUGUCCGAUUGGUCGAUAACAAUACCUCCACAACGGCUAUCGAUUAUGACAUACAAGAAGAACGUCUGUAUUGGACAGAUUUAAAGAGGAAUGUCAUUAACAGUGCUUACUUGAAUGGAUCUGGUGUGGAGACAAUCAUAGAUUCAGGAAUAUCCCAUCCUGAAGGUUUUGCCAUCGACUAUCUGUCAAGGAAUAUGUAUUUUUCUUCAUACAACAAGAAAUUAGAUUUUUCAACAAUAUCCGUUUCUAAAUUAAAUGGUGCCUAUAGAACAGAAAUUAUAUCAAGAGUAGGACAAAUGAAACAAGUUAACUCAUUGGCCAUUAAUCCUAAAAUUGGUGUAAUGUUCUGGUCAGAUAUUGGAGGAGCUAAACACACCAUUAUUAAAGCUAAUAUGGAUGGUAGUGAUCCAACAGUCUUAGUUAGUGAUGCUUCAAAACCAGCAAGUUUAACUGUGGAUACCUUUUCAAAUUCUUUAUAUUAUAUUAGUCGUGGACGUCACACUAUCAACAGAUGCUUUUUCAACGGCACGUGCAAUCAAGUUGAUGUCAGAUUUAAUGACACGUCCCUGGUGUCAAUGACUAUAUUUAAAGAAAAUAUUUACGUGUCCAACACCAAUCAUAUUAUUAGAAUUAAUCCCAGUAGGCCUCAUGAGAAAUUUAUAAUGAGAGACAAUACACCAUAUAUAUCAGCUAUGCAGGUCUAUAACAAAGAGAGAGGAAAAGGAGGUGUCAAUGUAUGUUCCGUGAAUAAUGCUGGCUGUUCCCAGUUGUGCCUACCAACACCUUCUCAUAGAAUCUGUAAAUGUACAGCUGGUUUCCAGAUAGCAGCGGAUGGUACAUCAUGUAAUGGUAUUACUUCAUUUAUGCUGUUUGCAACCGAUUCCCAGAUUCAAGGAUUUUCAGUGAAUAAUCCAGAUCAGGUGGCACUACCUCCUGUAUCGAAAAUAUCACUGGCUUCUGCUAUAGAUUUCCAUGCAGAGGAUCACUUCAUCUACUGGAUUGAUAGUAAUGCUAGAACUAUAUCACGUAUUAAACGGGAUCUUACAAACAGAGAAGAAAUUAUUAGUGAUGGUUUAAAUGGUGUGGAAGGUAUAGCUGUUGAUUGGAUUGCAAAUAAUAUAUAUUGGACUGAUAGAAGUCAUAAUACUGUAGAAGUGUCAAAAACAGAUGGCAGUACUCGUUAUGUUAUAUUACAUAAAGGUCUGGAUAACCCAACAACUAUAGUUGUACAUCCUAAAAUGGGUUAUCUAUACUUUGUUGAUGAUGGUGUUGCACCAAGAAUUAUGCAGGCACGUUUAGACGGUUCUGAGUUAAAACCAUUGAUUAACACAGACAUCACUAAACCAACUGGACUUACGAUUGAUUAUGAAACAAACAAUCUUUAUUGGUGUGACCAGAAAAGAAAUGAAAUAAAUCAGCUGAAUUUAAAAACUAAUGCAAGAAGGCUGAUUACGAAGAAUAUGACUGACUGUGUAUCUGUAACAGUGUUUGGCAAUUAUAUUUAUUGGGCUGAUACAACUGAUAGUCAAGGCUCCAUCAAGAAAGCUAGAAAAUCUGAUGGUACUGGAAUGGAAUAUGUUAAGACAGAUCUGUUAAACAAACUAAAAGAUAUUGUUGUAUUCGAUAAAGCGAGACAGACAGGUACAAAUAUUUGUGAUGAUAAUAAAUAUGGUUGUGCUGAACUAUGUUUAUAUAAUGGUACAGAAACACCAACUUGUGUCUGUUCUUAUGGUAAACUGAAAGCAGACGGCAAACAUUGUGAAGAGUUCACCGAUUUCUUGAUGUUUUCUGAAGUGACAGCCAUUGGCAGUGCUCACAUGUCAAACGAAACUGAUCCAAAUCCUCCGUAUAAAUUAUUAACAAACGGAACAAAUAUGAAGAACGUAAUUGGUUUGGCGUAUGAUUACAGUAGUCAGAGAAUAUAUUAUAGUGAUAUACAACGAGGUGAUAUACAGACAAUGUUCUUUAAUGGUACUGGACAUAAAGUUGUAAUGUCAGGAAUUGGUUCUGCUGAAGGAUUGGUCUUUGAUUCUAUGAAUAAAGAUCUGUAUCUAACGAGUUAUACCAAUUCUUCUAUUAAUCGUAUACAUCUAGGUAGUGAUGAACCCAAGAUAGAAACAUUAAUACAAUUAUCAGAUAAAGAUCACCCUAGAGCCAUUGUAUUACAUGUUUGUAGAAGUCAAAUAUUUUGGACGAAUUGGAACGAUGAGAAACCACGGAUACAAAGAUCUUAUUUAAAUGGAUUUCAACCCGAGUCAAUUAUUACCGAACAAAUACAGACACCGAAUGGUCUGGCUAUAGAUCAUAAAGCUGAGAAACUGUACUGGUCAGACGCUAGACUUGAUAAAAUAGAACGCUGUGAUUUAGAUGGUUCAAAUAGAGUUAUUAUUGUAACAUCUAUACCUCAACAUUCAUUUGGUUUGACUGUUUAUGCUGAUUAUAUAUACUGGACGGACUGGAUGUUACGGGCUGUUUUACGAGCCAAUAAAUACGACGGAUCACAAAUCACAUGGUUGAAGAAAAAUAUCAAACGUCAACCAAUGGCAAUUGUAGCCAUCGCUGAAGAUGCUGAUAAUUGUAAAUUAAACCAAUGUUAUCAGAAUAUGUUUGGUUGUGAAGGAACAUGUACCACAAAUGAGAAAGGUCAACCCAGAUGUGAAUGUCCUAAAGGUCAAUUUUUAUUACCAGAUGGUCGGAGAUGUGCCUCUGAUAAGAAUUUGAAGUGUAAUAUGACAGAUUUUAUAUGUGAUGAUGGUAAAAUGUGUAUAUCUAUAGAAAGAACAUGUAACAGUAUUUCUGAUUGUAUUGAUGCCUCCGAUGAAUCCAAGGAAUUCUGUGAAACACGAAGAUGUCCUGUUGAUUAUUUUAUGUGUACCAACAGACGCUGUAUAUAUUUAGAUAAAGUAUGUAAUGGUGUUAAUGAAUGUGGAGAUAAUUCAGAUGAACGAGACUGUUCUUGUAAUCAAGAUGAGUUUAAAUGUGAUAACGGGAUGUGUAUAUUAAACAAAUAUCGAUGUGAUAGAGAUAGUGAUUGUCUGGAUCACUCAGAUGAAAAGAACUGCAAUCUAAAUUGUACUGAUGUAGAGAUGGACGGUGAAAAGGUUCAAGGUCUAAUUUCUUGUAAUGAGACGUCUGCAUGUAUAUUUCCCAUGUGGCUUUGUGAUGGUACAAAUGACUGCUGGGAUAAUAGUGAUGAAAAAGACUGCAAUCCUACGGUGGGUACGGCAUGUCCUGCUGAUUCCUUUACAUGUGGAAGUGGAAGUUGUAUACCACCACAAUGGCGAUGUGAUAAAGAUUUUGACUGCGCUGACGUAUCUGAUGAAGCUAAUUGCACGUAUUCUUGUAAUAAUGAUCAGUUUGCCUGUAACGAUUCUACCUGUUUACCUAAAACAUGGGAAUGUGAUAAACAUCCAGACUGUCCUGACCAAUCAGAUGAACAUGAAAACUGUGAUAUAAAGACAUGUAAUGAUGAUGAAUUCCGUUGUGGAUCAGGUAAAUGUAUACCUAAAGCAUGGAAAUGUGAUGGAGACAGUGAUUGUGAAGAAGAUGAUGAUGAAUCGAUUUCUAAUGGUUGUCCCCCAGUAUUGUGUCAGGAAAAUGAGUUUCAAUGUUUAAACAGGAAGUGUAUAACUAGUACGUUCUUCUGUGAUAGAGAUGAUGAUUGUGGAGAUAACUCUGAUGAACUCAGUUGUUUCUAUCCAACUUGUGGUUCAGAUGAAUUUAAAUGUGUCAACCGAGGCAUGUGUGUCAACAGUACCAAGAGAUGUGAUGGUCUGUUUGAUUGUCCAGAUCAUACAGAUGAAGCUAAUUGUACAGUGGUUCAGUGUGGUGGAGAUGAUACUAAGUUUAUGUGUUCAAAUGGUUUAUGUAUACCAGAAGAAUUGGUAUGUGAUGGUCAGGAUGAUUGUGGAGAUAAAUCAGAUGAACCUGUUAAUUGUGGUUUAAACGAGUGUGACAGUAAUACAGAAUGUCAUCAUCUAUGUAUAGAGAAGAAGAUAGGUUAUGCAUGUGCCUGUCAUCCUGGUUAUAAACUUAGACCUGAUAAUAAAAGUUGUGAAGAUUUGAAUGAAUGCGAUACUACGUAUCCUUGUUCACAGUUAUGUACAAAUACAAUGGGAUCAUUUCAUUGUAACUGUACUAAAGGUUACAGGAUGGCGCCUGAUAGAACAAACUGCAAAAGUGAUACAAAACCAGUUUUAAUUGUAACAAACCGUUAUUACAUUCGUAAUGUGAGUGUACCUGUUGGCAAUUCAUCAAGAUUAUCAGAUGACCAGAAUAAUGCUGUAGCUAUAGACGUAGACUGGCAGGAUCAGUAUAUAUACUGGUCCGAUAUAACUAGCAGAAACAGUAGUAUUAAUAGAAUGAAAUAUAAUAGCUCUUCCAAGGCUAAAAGAGAGGUACAAGUAUUACAUAGUUCAACAGUACGUAAUCCUGAUGGUCUGGCUGUUGAUUGGGUUGGUCGUAAUCUGUACUGGUGUGAUAAAACCACAGAUACUAUCGAAGUUUCUAAACUAGAUGGUCAAUACCGCAGAGUUCUUCUUCGUGAAGGCUUACAGGAACCUCGUGGAUUGGAAGUAUUUCCACAAAAAGGUGUUUUGUUCUACACAGAUUGGGGUGAUAAUCACCAUAUUGGAAGAAUGUGGAUGGACGGUAGCAAACGACAAACUAUCAUCAAGGACAAUUUAAGAUGGCCGAAUGCUUUAACUAUUGACUAUAUUACAGAAAAGAUCAUUUGGGCUGAUGGCAGUCUGGAUUAUAUUGCCAUGGCUAAUCUUGACGGAAGUGGACGUAGGAUUAUUAUCGGAGACAGCGUUAAAGUACCACAUGUGUUUGCUCUAGCUACAUUUGAAAAUUACAUCUACUGGACUGAUUGGGAGCACAUGGGAAUCUUCUAUGCCCAUAAAUUUUCUGGAGAAAAUAUUACCCUUCUGACUAACAUGGUCCACAAACCCAUGGGAUUACAGAUUUUCCACCCACUCAAACAGAUAAAGCCAGAUGUGAAUCCAUGUGCUGAUAAUAAUGGUGACUGUAGCCAUCUGUGUCUAUUGAGACCCCAUGAAGGAAAUCUAGAUUAUUUAGAACAUAUAUGUUCAUGUCCUGAAAAUUUCCAUUUAUCGAAAGAUAACAAGAAUUGUAUCUCCAAUUGUACGAGUGCUCAGUUCUUAUGUGAAGAAUCAUCUAAAUGUAUACCAUUUUGGUGGAAAUGUGACGGCCAUCCUGAUUGUGGUGAUAGGUCGGAUGAACCACAUGAUUGCAAAAAGUAUCUAUGUGUAAUGGCUGGUUUAUUCCAAUGUGAUAAUGCUACUAAUGCACAACAAUGUUUUCCACCAAGUAUGAUCUGUGAUGGUAAAAAACAAUGUGAUGAUGGUUCCGAUGAAAAGAACUGUGAAUCGUAUCCAUGCCUAGAGCAUCAUAUGAAAUGUCAUGCAGACAAUAAAUGUAUACCAGAUCAUUUUAAAUGUGAUCAUAAUAAUACUUGUUCCGAUGGUGAAGACGAACUAGAUUGUCCUGCUACCACAUGUAGCGCUAAUCAGUUUGAGUGUGCUAAUGGACGAUGUGUACCAUAUGUGUGGAAAUGUGAUAACGAUGAUGAUUGUGGCGAUUGGUCAGACGAGCCUCAUAAUUGUACUGAAAUAACAUGUAAAGCAGAUCAUAUUAAAUGCAAAAAUGGGCGAUGUAUUCCUGAGGCAUGGACGUGUGAUGGAGAUCGAGAUUGUGGUGAAGACGAUGAUACUGAUGAACAUUAUGGGAAAUGUCAGGACCGUACAUGUGAUCCAACAUAUUUUCACUGUGCGAAUGGACAUUGUAUACCUGGUCGAUGGAAAUGUGAUGAUUAUGAUGAUUGCAGAGAUAACUCUGAUGAAAUGAAUUGCGCUCCAAGGAAUUGUUCAGAAUCUGAGUUCCGAUGUACAGAAAUAGGUAAAUGUAUACCUAGGAAGUUACGAUGUAACAAGGAGAUUAACUGUGAAGAUGGAAGUGAUGAAGUUAAUUGUGAUGACAUUACCUGCUCUGAUGAUGAAUUCAUGUGUUCAACUAUCAAACAUUGUAUACCAAAUAGUUGGCGAUGUGAUGGCGAUACUGAUUGUGCUGAUGGUACAGAUGAAUGGAACUGCACACGUAAUUGUUCUGAACAUGAGUUUAAAUGUGAUAACAGUUUAUGUCAAUCAGCGUUAUGGCGGUGUGAUGGUGACAAUGAUUGUGGUGAUGAUUCAGACGAACAUAAUUGCACCAACUAUGUAUGUACACCAGGUAGAUUCCGAUGUAACAGCACCAGUAUCUGUAUAUGGUAUAAUAUGGUAUGUGAUGGUAAAAAUGAUUGUCUAGAUGGUGAAGAUGAAGGAGAUUUCUGUAAAGAACCUGAAACCUGUAAAACAACAGACUUCAGAUGUAAUUCUACUAAUGUUAGCCAAUGUAUAGGAAUGGAAAAACUGUGUGAUAAUGUAGUCGAUUGUAAAGAUGGGUCAGAUGAAAAUGCCAAGUUCUGUGAGGGUAUGUCAUGGAGAAGAAACUGUUCAGUUAAUAAUGGAGGCUGUCAAUAUCAUUGUACCCAAGAUGCCUAUAGUGUUAAGUGUUCAUGUAAAGAAGGAUAUAAACUAGAUACCGACGGAUUUAAUUGCAUUUAUCACAAUCCUUGUUCUGAGUUUGGCGUCUGCUCCCAGAUGUGUAACUUUACGUCGCAUGCUAUGAAACCAAACUGUUUAUGUGAAAAUGGUUUUACUAAGUUUGAAAAAUCUUGUUUUGCUCAAGGUGAUCCACCAACCAUGUUGGUAGCCGAGGAGGGCAGACUUAUACGUACAGCCUUAACUAAUCUAACCAAUCAGAAAGAAUCCCAUUUACCUCUCUCACCAAAUGAUAUUGAUAACCAUAUUGUUGCUAUGGACGUAGAUGUGUCUGGAACAGACUGGAAAGCCUUUACAGUUUUAUUAUCUAAAAAUCAUACCUGGGUAGUUGUGUCUACAAAGAUCAACAAAAAGGCUGUCAAUAAAAGACAGAAACGUGAUAAUUCAGACACAAAGCAAAAUUUAUAUUGGAGCCAUGCUGAUAUUCGUGGUUUAACAGCUGAUUGGGUCAGUAAACGUUUAUAUUGGACCGAAAGUGCCACACAGACUAUUAAAGCUGCAACCUAUCAGGGUGAUCGAAUAAUAGAAAUCAUAUCAUCUGAUUUAGAAGAUCCACAAGAUAUUGUCAUACAUCCAAAAAACAAACAACUGUUUUGGACUGAUCAAGGUAUACAUGCUAAAAUAGAAAGAUCAAAUCUUGAUGGUACGAAUCGUACAGUACUGGUUGAUGAUAAUAUAAUCUGGCCAAACGGACUGGCCAUAGAUUAUUUUAACGAUCGUAUUUACUGGGCAGAUACGAAGAAAUAUACCAUAGAAAGUGUUGACGUAAAUGGAAAUGAUCGAAGACUUAUUCAGACUUUUAAUGCCUCAGAUCCACCAUAUAAACUAGAAUUAUUUGAAGAUUUUAUAUACGUAUUAACCUAUAAAACAUUCAGUGUCAUAAGAAUACAUAAAUUUGUACAUUCCAACGUGUUUAAAAAGAUGUAUGUUGGAAUUAAUCGAGUCCGUGAUUUAACUAUCAUACAGGAACAUAAACAGCAGCAAUCAAUAUCAAAUAAAUGUGAAGAUGGUGCGAAGAUCGGAGAGAUGUGUGCUGCAACUCAAUCCUGUUUCAAUGACUGGUCUGAUAAAGGCUUUAGCUGUUUAUGUCCAAACUUGUCUGUAUAUAAUGAUACAGAUAAGAAGUGUAACUUUUUACCAAACCAUGAAACAUGUCCAGACGGUUUCUGUAAACAUAAUGGAAACUGUUCUUUUAAUGUCCAUUCAAAACCAAAAUGCAGAUGUACAGCUCAAUAUACUGGAGAUCAUUGUGAGAUAGAUAAAUGUUCUAAUUAUUGUAUUAUUGGUGAUUGUGUUGUUUCUACAAAACAUGAAGGACAAGUAGAGUGCAGAUGCCAUGAGGGUUAUAGAGGUGAAAGGUGUGAUCAGUAUAUUUGUACCGGACAUUGUAAAAAUAAUGGUAAAUGUCAUGUGAAAGACGACAAAGCAUAUUGUUUCUGUUCAUCUGUUCAUACCGGUGAACUUUGUGAGAAUGAUACAACAGAUACUUGUCAUCAAUGUAAAAAUGGGGCCACCUGUGAAGCAGAGACGUCUGGUUACGUUCGUUGUAACUGUCCAGAUAAGUUCAAAGGGAAAUACUGUGAUGAGUGUACAGAUUUAUAUUGUUAUAAUAAUGGAGUUUGUCAGAGAUAUGACAAUGGUACAGCCUACUGUGCAUGUCCUAAUGGGUUCUCAUCUGCCACCAACUGUGAACGUAAUGAUUGUGAAGUAAUUUGUAAAUCAAAUGGAAAAGAUAGAAGUAAAUGUAAUUGUCCAUGUCAGCCUGGAUUUUCAGGACCUGACUGCAAACGAAAAUUACCAACGUGUAAUAAUGUUAACUGUUACCAUGGUAACUGUACUAUAGUAAAUGAGAAAGCAAAGUGUAAAUGUAAUGAUAUGUAUGAAGGUUCACGAUGUGAUAAAUGUAAAUGUGAACCAGAAGGUGAAUGUAUACAACAAAUCGAUGGUAAAAUAGUUUGUAGUUGUAAUGCUGGUUUUACAGGCCAGUUCUGUGAAUCUAAGGAAUCAAUGACUACAGGUUCCAGUCCACUUGUUGCAAAUCCUUUAACAAUUGUUACUCCAAUUAUCGUUGUAUUUAUAUUGAUAAUAUUAAUUAUUACUGCUGUUAUAUGUAAGCGUCGUAGAAGUUGGCAGCAAUAUCGGCAUAAACGAAUGCAGGAACCAAGAAACCUGGAUGUUAAUAAUCCUAUUUAUCUUCAAAAUGAUGAAGAUGUUGAAGAUUUAGAGCCUGUAGAAACUUCUCCUAUAUAUACAGGCAACAAGAGAAUUAAUUUUCUGAGACGCUUCAAAAAGAAUACAAAUUUUGCCAACCCAAUGUAUGAUGUGUACAAUGGUGAAAGUAUGACUAUGUUACUUCAGUCGCGUGAAAAUGAAGAAAAUCAGUUAUUAGAGGACGGUUUAACUGUGCGUUACUUUGGGACUGGUGAAGUUACAAAUAAUAACACAACUAGCAAAGCGUGAGACUGGGAUAUUGUUUUAUAGCAAGUAGUUAUAUUUUAGUGUAUAUAAUGAUGAAUGAAUGGAAGAUGAUGCCGUUAUGAUGAAAUCUCAAACUGCUGAUAAAAAGACAAAAUAUCAAAAUUGAGUGGUGCACAAUUAUUCCAGAUGAUUUUUUUUUUUAAUUAUUUUUAUUUAUAGACAGAUUUUAAUGUUUAAUAAAAGUUAUGUAUAGAGAGAGAUCUAUGGUAUAGACAUUUUACGUGCUGGAGUCAAUCGAAUGCUCGAUUUUAAACUUGUUGAAAGUGACUCAUUUUAUUUUGGAUGGUACAGCUGAUUUUAUUGUGAUACGCAAGAAUGGCACAGAAUUAACUAUUGACUGAAAAGGCAAAUAUACGAAAGUUCAGGUGUGAAAUCUGUGUGAGAAAUAUUAAUGGUUGUGUCAGUUGCCAUGGAAACUAUAUUUUGAGGGAUGUAACUCUGUUGUGAUCUAACUCCAGUUUAGAUUGAAAUUUUAAAUAUAAGUUUACACUUGAUAAUUUUAAAUUUUAAUGUUACUAUCAUUGUUAAUAUUAUGAGCACCACAAUAUAUUACAAAAUAAUAUUAUGAGCACUACAAUAUAUUGUCAAAAGGUUUAUUACGUAAUAAUAUUUUGAGCACUGCAAUAUACUGUACAAGACUUUUAUUAUGUAAUGAAUGUGUGAAGGUAUGUCUGAUGGGGAAAAUCUUUUUUUUUUUAUCAUCUGUAUAUAAUUGUAAUAUAUAUAUUAUAAUAAGAUAAUUCCCUCACUGUUUAUGGGAAGAUGUAAUUAAUUAUAAUGAAUAUCUAUAUAUUGAUUAACUGUAUGUUUUAUAUGUUUUGUAUUUGUUUUACUUUUGAGGCAUUUUGCCAUAAAACGAUGUUUUAAAAUUUCAACUCUGCCUUUCUUAAAGAGAUAAAGAACUUUUAAUCAGGAUAAUUAAUUAAUACUUCUUUCUGUCUAUUUAAAUUUUUUAGUAGUGCUACUAUUGUUUUAUACGUCUAAUUUAUUUUACAUGGAAUUAUUCGUUAAUUUUUGUUUAUAUAUCUGUUUAGAAGACCCAAAAUUUUUGUAUUUACCAAAAAUAAAGUUUUUUUAUUUGCCUUUGGUUCGGGAAGUAUUCCAUAAUACGAUAAUUCUAUCUACUCACUUUGAUGUUAAUGAUUUUCUUUUGUGGUAUUUUUCAUUCAGUUAGUGAUUUUAUUAAAUUGUUGCGCCAAUUUAUUUGUACACAUUCCAUAUCAUUAUUUAAAAUUAGAGUUAGAAUGUUGAUUUGAUCUGGAAGUAUAUAAUCAGAAAUAGUCACAACAAAGCAGCUCACCUUGAAGAACAAAUCAGGGCUAUUUAGACAUAGGAUUUGGAUAAGCAUGGGUAUUUUUAGGUAAACAGUGUUGUGCAUAUUUACAGUUUUAAGAGUAAGAAGAGUUCAUUCUAUGUCUUGGUUUUUCAGCUGAAUGUAUAUUAGUUUGUGUAUAGAGUUUUUAUAUUCAUUAAUGUUGUGUAGACUGCAGAUUCUCUUAUUUAGGAAGACAGUAAUUUUCUGAAAUGAUAAAUAUGGACUCAGCUUAAAUUAUAUUGAUAAAUUUAUUUUAGACCAGUUUAACAAUAGAGGGUUAUUUUGGUUUGUUUUUUUACUUUUUACUUAUUUCUAAAUUUGGGUCAUACAUUAUAGGUUGUUUAUGUAUAAUACACCCUGUUAAUUGUAACAUACUCUGUGUAAAGGUUAAUACACAGAGACGUCAGAAUUUAUAGAUUUUUACAGUAAAAACUGUACAUCCAAUACAGAUUCAGGUUAAUGAAAUUUUAUAGUAUAUUUUAGACAAGCCACAAACUUUCCAUGUUAGGCCUGUAGGUUGUUUGUAGAUUAAUGCAUGGGUUGUAUUUUGUAUACAGCCAGAGGUUAAUCAUAAGAUGCUUUGUUUCUUGAGAAAAUCAAACACAAUUGAUAUUAUUUAUAUUUUGUAUUUUAUGAACAUGUGAUUUGUUAUAAUAUGAUAAUAUAAACUUGUGAUAAUUGAUGGGUCCCAUACUGUGACUAUAUAUAACCAAAGACAGCAUUAAUUUCUGAUAUCCCCAUCCCACCCCAACCACCCGAUGCUUACUCUCUUUUAAUUAAAUUAUGGCUCCUACUUAUAACAUCUGUCCUUUUGUAAAUUUAACUACAUGUAUGGUCAGUUUUAUAAACAUUUGGAAUAGACAGCUAGUCCCGAUUUUAUGAAACUCUGAAUUAUUAUGCCAACAGUGUACGAUGGUAUCAAAUGGCAUCAAGAUAGUGUAAACCUACAAUGGCAUCAACACAUUUUUUGACUCGAUUCAUGAAACAAGUUGAAAAAAGGACUGGAUAUUGUGUUAGAGUGAAUGAAAGCCAGAAUCUGGUUUUCUGUAUGAAAGCAGGCCCGUAGCCAGCUUGCUAGCUUCGGAGGGGCAGUGAAGUUUUUAGGGGGGGCAUACUCGGCACAGUCUACAGUAGGAAUUUUAGAACUAUAGUCGGCAAAUUUUUUUUCGGGGGGGCAUUGCCCCCCCUUACCCCCCUCUGGCUACGGGCCUGUAUGAAAGACAAUCCAAACAGAAAUAAUUACUUUCUUCCAUACAGUGAUUGAUUUCUGGUAUGAUGUAUUAAGGUAUAUAGAAUAGCCAAUGUAUAUUUUAUAUAUAGUUUACAGCUUUUAAUUACCUCAGAUAUAAUUAUAGGAACAGUAUAUUUGUAUAAAGAUUAUAGCUUAUCUAUGUUUAACUUCAUGACUCUUGACUUCACAAUGAUCUGGGUAGGGGGGUCUAGAACUAUGUAACACAAAGUAACCGAUACACAGAUAUAAACUGGUAAAUUGGUAUCUACAUGGUAGAUCACUUUGAAACGCUCAAUCAAGGCCAUGAGGAAGGGGAUAUUAACCAAAAAUAAUAAUUAAACACUGAUUUUUAGCUUUCUUAUUAAUAAUCAUUAACUUGGGUAACUAUCAAGGAGGUUUUGCUAUAAGUAUUAUUUACUGAUGAACUUUAAUAUUAAUACUGCGCUAAUAGAAGGAAAUCCAUGAUAAAAGGCUUUACUUGAUAGAUAGUAAGAGAUGAAAGUAUAGCUGUGUUGAAAGUAUAACUGUGUUGUCUGUUCUCUUUGUUCUAUGUUAGUUAUCCAGGCGUGGGUCUAUUGGUUGUGUAUUGAUACAAAACUCAAUUGUUCAUUUGCUCCAUAAGGAAUUUCAGACAGGCAAUAAUGUCAUUUCCUGACAUUUUCAAAAACUAUAUGAAUUUUACUGGUAAAAAAUAAUGCAAAUCAGAGCCAUGGACCUGGGGUACCAACAGAACACUGGGUCAUAGGGUAACUAAGGAGCCCUGGGUCACAGGUAACUAAUAAAGCCUUGGACUAAAGGUUCUAAGAGAGCCCUGGGUCAUAGGUAACUAACAGAGUAAGUGAACCGUGGGGAAAAGCCAAAAUGAGAGGUAUGAGGUUAAAUGGAUACGUACUGUAAAUAUAAAUAUUUUAAUUAAUAUUGCUAAUGAACUGGCCUCAAUAAUGAAUAUUUAACAAUGACAAUGUGCUUUUAUAUGUAUUUUUUGAUGUUUGUUUUGAGUGUCUUGUCUUCCAAAUGUAUCAAUAAAAUGAAAUUUUGUUUUUAUAUUUAAAAAUAAGUUUUAAUAAAUUGUAGUAAUUGUAGAUACUUCCAGAUUUACUGACAUCUUUUCUGACAAAAAAAUAUUGUUUAAUGUUUUGUUUUGUUUUCUGACUGCUGAAUUAAUUUUAAUAAUAGCCCCAGUCCAAUGAAUACAAUAAUUGGCAUUACAAAAUUGCACAAAAUGUGAUUUACUGUAUUAAUGGCACAUUUGAUAAAAUGCUAAUUUGUCAGAAAAGAUGUGCAAGUAGAAAUUGUUUGGUGCUAUUACCUGACUACUACAAGAGAAAAAAAUAUUGAAAUAAAUACCAUAGAUAUAUCAUAAA